AUGGCUCUUAGCAUGAUGUGGUACUGCAUCCUUCGAAACCCCGAGGAACGGUCUACCUUCUUCAAUAAUAUAGACAAGAUACAGCUGGAAAAGGAGGUAGUAUAUGCAUCGGUCAAGGAGGAGGAUGUUGUUCUCCACUGCUAUCUACUAGAGCACUUCGGCAUUAAUGACUUUUCUCUCGACCCAUUUGGCGAUUAUGGACUUGAUAGAGAUGAAGACGCAUGGAGAUUCUACAUCAACAUAGGUGCAUACCGACUAAUGAUGUGGCUCAAAGAUGCACGCGAUGGCUUUGUGCAUGCAGACAAAUACAUACCGCCACUUGAUGUCCUUCUUGUAUGGCAUGCAUUUCUACAGGACCCAUCUGAAUGGAAUAACGUUGCCAGUGCCAUAGGACUCGACUUUGCACGAUGGAAUCCCGAUGCUUUGCUGACAGCCCUCGAGAACAACGAACCGGGACUGCAAUUUUGUCCCUCCGCCGAUUGCAUGGACAAGAUUGAUUUUAUUUAUCUAGUUGCAGAUUCUCUCGACAUCCUGUACAUGGCUUACAAGGGUGUAUUCUCCCCAGGCGGACAUGGCUCUGCCAGCGGCGAAUGGAAGAGACGUUUCUACGAUAAACUAUUGACACAUACCAUCGACGCGAUUCGCGGUCAAUGCACCUUUACUUACGACUUCCAUGCCUCUGUUCAACGCCAAAUCGAACUGGCAAAACAGCUCUUGGGGUUCUCAUGGCAUCGGAUGUAG